AGAGCAGUUAGAAGGCCACCCAUACGCGGCCAUUGCCAUUGCCAUUCCCACUGCCAAUACCUGCGCAAGAUAAAGAGCCUGGCACCGUGGCUUGAUUGCUCAGUUGAUUCUUUGUAGCUCCACUGUUCUUCCUUGAAACCCUUCCUUCUGCCCUUGGUAGGAUCCCGUCCAAGAAAUUUGAUCUACUCGCUCAUUGGUUCCCGUGUGGAAGUUCAAUAGAGACUUAAUUAGUCUACUUCGUUUUCCAAGAGCCCCCGCCAUGGCUUGCCACCUUCAGAAACCGUUUGUCUUCGGGACUCACGAGUCGUGCCGAUUCGUCACCCGACCUCUAGUUAAUCGCGCUCUCAAAUCGGCGCGUCGAUCCUCCUCUCGCCAGCCAUUCGCCGUCACCACUCGCAGCCAAGGUGACGCGCACUGCAACUCAACAGCCAAUGAAAUCGUGCCAGCAGAGCGCGCAAUCCCUCUCAUCCGCGCCACGUCAGCAACCCCGGCCGUGUCGGGGGCACAAUGGGAGCAGCAGGCACUAUUCGUGGACGGAAAGCGCAGCGCAGGUGCAUCUCAGGGAGGCGUUAACUAUGCGCGGGUGCGCAACCACCUGCGCGCGACCUCCGUCACCGCCGCAUCCCUCCCUUCCGCGCAUUGGCGGAAGCAGGUGCGGGGAUUCGUCGAGGAAGACGCCGCGCAACGCGGGACCGGCGGGGACCAGAGCGACGCGGAUUCGAAGCGCGCCGAGCUCGAGGCAGGAUGGCAGAGCGCUUCUGAGGGACUGAUGCCGCCAAUGACGGCGCCAAAUGCGGCGCCAGGCCCGGCGAUAAGCGGUGUUCCUAGCGACGAGUUCGCGUGCACGCUCGCCGGAUGCACCACCAUCCACAGCAACGUCGGAUCCAUGCGCAGACUCGGAAACCUCUCCGAAACUUCCUUCAGAGCGGCUCCACCGCAGCCCGCCGAAUUGCGACCGGUGCAGAGCGGUGUCAAGGGGUUCAACCUGGGGCAGUUCCUGUCGCAGAUGCUGCCGUACGUGGUGGUGGCGACGGCCGUGUCGGCGCUGUCAUACCCGGCGACGUUCUCGUGGUUCAGCAAGCGGUACUACGCGCCGGCCCUGGGCGGCAUCAUGCUCUCCAUCGGCGUGCAGCUGUCCGUCCAAGACUUCAAAGCCGCCAUCGAAAAGCCUAUCCCCGUCCUCCUGGGUCUCCUAGUGCAGUACGCCGUCAAGCCGCUCAUCGCGGCCGCCAUAGCCGCCACCUUCCGCCUGCCCCCCGCCUUCGCCGCGGGCUUCCUCCUCACCGCCAGCGUGUCCGGCGCGCAGCUCUCCAGCUACGCGUCCUACCUGGCCAAGGCUGACGUGGCGCUCUGCAUCGUGCUGACGAGCCUGAGCACCUUCGCCUCCGUGGCACUCACGCCCAUCCUCACCUCGCUCCUGAUCGGCUCCGCCGUCCCCGUGGACCUCCUCGCCAUGUCAAAAUCCAUCCUCCAAGUCGUCAUCCUCCCAGUCUCCCUCGGGCUUAUCCUAAACACCUACGCGCGGAAAUUCGUGGACCGGAUUCGGCCCAUCAUGCCGCUGCUCGCCAUAGUGUGCACGUCGCUCUGCAUCGGCAGUCCCUUGGCCAUCAACCGGUCGCAGAUCAUCAGCCUGAGCGGCGCCAUGCUCCUCCCGCCCGUCCUCGCCUUCCACCUCGCGUCCUUCGCCGCCGGCUUCUGGACCGCGAAGCUUCCUGGAAUGGGGCAGAGCGAUGACGUGGCGAGGACGUUGUCGCUGUGUGGUGGCAUGCAGAGCAGCACGCUGGCCAUGCUGCUGGCGUCGCAGUUUCUUGGCUCCACCCACACUGUGCCCGCGUCGGUCUCUGUGGUGCUCAUGUCUAUUAUAGGGCUCAGCCUUGGAAGCUUCUGGGGGUCCGGAAGGAAGCUUCUGGACUGGAACUUUGCUGGGGCGUUUGCUGGGCCUCAGGCGUUUGCUGCUCCUGCUGAGGCAUAGACAUGGCCCAUGGGUUCUGCUGCCAUGGUGAAUGAUAGCUGGUGCGACUGUGAAGGUAAGGUGUUUGGCAAGCAUAGGAGAGUAGGGCUCAGCGCCUGCCAGCUAGUGGGUGGCCAGGCCAUUGUUCACGCAUGGGUCUGCUUGCAAGCCUUGCAGCCAUGUACAUAUAAUCGGAUAUAGUUCAAUUC